CUUUUUCAUGGGAAGUAGUAUCUUACUACUAUCUUUUCACCAGCCACAACACAGGUUUGAGCAACUGAGAAAAUGGGGAUAUGGGAUCUCGUUUUUGGGGCAUCCGAUUCACUGAAACGGAAAGCGCCGGAUCAAACGCCCGUUACCAAGGUCGCCAAGAACGUCUUCUCCACCGCUUACGGUUUUGGCUCCGCCGCCGUUACCAAGGUCGACGGCGCCGUCAGGGAUAAAAUGAUCCCCUACUUUCGAAACGAGCAAGUGUGGUCCAAGAUCUCCCUCUAUGGCCCGAUCCUCCUUAGAAACGGAGCCUCUGAGUUCUCUAAAUUAAUUCCAGGUGGAAAUACAUUUUAUAACUUUGCUGCCGGAUGCUUCUGUGACUAUAACAAUUCUAAUAAACAAAAAGUGGAUGUGAAAGAAUUGCUGGCUAAAGUAUCGAGAUUAGAGAAAGAAUUCGGUGAAUUCCAGAAAAGGAAGACCAAGAAGGCUUGGUGGCAGGAAAUUCUGAAGAUGUGAUCGAUCAAUGUCUUUAUGAUGAAGGAGUUCUUGGGCAGGCAAUUCCGUGGUGAUCCAUUGGUUCCGCUUGCACCCAGGAAGAUGGCAGUGACAAGUACGAGAGUAAAUUAGACAGAGGAAUGAUUUUGCCUCGUUUGAAGCUUUGUGGUUGGGUCUAGCUUGCUCUAUGUAAAAUUAUGACUUAUGAAGAUGAAGUAAUUUUAGAUAUUUACUAUUAUCAAUUUGGGUGUGGUGUAUUAAGGAUGAUAUGUGUUGGUGUACUGGUUAUCAUUUAUCAAGUUGUGUUUGGCCUUUUCUGUACA